UGCUCCGUGUAUCAAAGCAAAAAGCCGUAACACUCUCCUGCUCCACUCAGUGGAAACCAAAAACCAGAAACCAAAAAGCCAAAAUCCGAAAACCACUUUCCUUCUACUAUCAAAUAUUUUGAUUUUCCAUUAAAUUAUUCCUUUCAGCUUUCCCUUCUCUCCUCUUUCUCCUUCUAUGCUACCCAAAUCCCAACCAGCUUUUCCCUUUCCUCAGCUUCCACAAACUCACUCGUUAAUGGAGGAUUUUGACCCCACUUCCGUACGCCCAUCGUUGCCGCUAGGAACGAACCACCACAACCACCGUCGUCGCGGGCAGAUCAACACGCCGCGGUCGCGCCGACGGUCUCCGCAGCGAUUCAAGGUCCCGCCGGGCCACGUGGCGUUCCGGCUGUUCUGCAACCAGUCGGCGAUCGGCGGCGUCAUCGGUAACAACGGCGCCGUCGUGUCGCAGCUCCGGCGGGAGACCGACACCAAGAUCCACUUGGAGAACUCGGCGCCGGGCUCUGAUUACGGCGUCGUCUUGGUCAUCGGCUCACGUUCGCGGGACAGGACGAUUGCUUUGACUGCCGGCGAGGGCGACGAGUCCGGGAGGGAGGAGGAGUGUCGCUGCGACGUGUCGGGAGCUCAGGAGGCCAUGAUAAGGGUUUUGGACAGAAUCUGGAUGCUGGAGGCGCCGAGCGAAGGCGGCGGCGGCGGUGGUACGGCGUCGAGAAUGGUUUGGUGCAGAUUGUUGGCUCACGGUUCUCAGAUUCGCGUGGUGAUGGGAAAAGGAGGGACUAAUAUCGUUAGAAUGAGGAAGCAGAGUGGUGCUGAUAUCAGGAUUCUUCCAGAAUUUUCUCCCGGAGGAGACGAAGUUAUCCAGAUUGCGGGAACAGUUUUGGCUGUAAAGAAGGCUCUUUUUGCUGUUUCUUUAUGUCUCCAAGAUCAUCCACCUCAAGAAAACGGGCCGACCUUUUUUAGUGGACUUACGGAGAGCUCUUCGUUUGGGGCGUCUCAUGUUUCUGAUACGCAAGCCGAGUUUUUCCCAAAUCUUGCUUCUUUGUUACCACAAACUGCUUUCAAUAAUAAUGCUCCAAAAGACUCUUUGGCGAUAGAUGCCAAUGGGGUUUCUAACAAUGACACAAAGAGUACACGACAAGAAGUUGUGUUCAGACUUCUUUGCUCUAAUUAUGCAGCUGGGAGUGUGAUUGGCAAAAAGGGAGCCAUAGUUAGAGCUCUAGAAAAUGAGACUGGUGCCACUAUACGAUUCGCAGCUCCUACAACUGGCUCCAUUGAGCGCAUUGUCACCAUUUCUGCGCUCGAGAAUCUGGGGUCAGGGUUCUCUCCAGCACAAAAUGCUGUUAUUCUUGUUUUUGCUAGAUCUGUUGAGGGGGACAUUGAAAAAGGGUUUAUAUUGGGUUUCAGUCAGGGAGCAACAGUUACUGCAAAGCUUCUAGUUGCUGCAGAUCUAGUUGGUCGCUUGAGUGAAGAUGAAGGUAAGGUGAUUUCAGAUAUCAGAGAAGUAUCUGGUGCUGAUAUACACAUACUGGGAGGAGAUUCUGGAAAUCAAGUGGUACAGAUUAUUGGCGAGUAUAAAACUGUACAGGAUGCUCUGUUUCAAGUCACUGGCUCUUUGAGGGAUCACCUCUUGCCUCGUGAGGUCCUUAAUGAAGUGAGAGCAAGGAGUUCAUUUGGAAGGGUGUCAGAGCCUACAUCUUCGGGACCACACCAGUCUUUAGGUUUAUUUCAUGAUUCUGAUGAUGAAGCUCUUUUAACAGGUCAAAUGAACCGACUAGGACUCUCCCACAGUGUAAGUUCCUUUCCACUACGGUCGCAGCUACCUCAGACGGUGGAAUCAGGGCAUUCCAAGGCCAUCACAAAUGUUCAAGAAGUCCUAACAAAGUUUGGUGGAGAUCUUGAAGUUUCAAGCGGAAACAAACUUGCAAUAGUGACGAAUACAAUUGUAGAGAUAGUAGUUUCAAGACAUGCUUUUGGCUCUAUUUAUGGUGAAGAUGGUGACAAUUUGAACCGUCUAAGAGAGGUGCAAAAGUCGAAGUGUAUGAUCCUCGUCUUGGUGAAAAUGAAGGGAAGCUUGUUAUAUCUGGAACACCUGAUCAAACCCUUGCAGCGCAAAGUUUACUUCAAGCCUUUAUCCAAACUGCAAAUAAAUCAUAACAUCACAACGCCGACGACCCAAACAGAUGAACUUUUUGGCAACGUGUUCCUUCUCUGUCUGAUUUUUGCUAUGGAGGUACUCAGUAGACAAUAUCUUCUUGUAUAGAUAGAUAAUUCUAGGUUGAAGGCUAGCAGCGAAGCAGCAUCCAUACUUGGAUUGUAAAGGUCAGAAGCUCUAUUACAUCACUUUUGAACAAUGCAUGUCAAGUGCAUUUGUGAUUGUUUCGCUUUUGCUAACCACAUAGAGUUGCUCAUUUUGGAUCCAAAUCGCUUGCAUGCUUUACUAUGAAGACGUGAUAAGAACACUAUAAUAGACUAGAAAGACUACAAACUCGUGAACUGAAGGACAUAUUAAUUGAUAUUGCUUGUACUAAUGACACAAAAAAAAGUUGAAACGCCAAAUGGUUUGUUUUUACACCUCAGCAUACAUCGCUUU